AAAUGUGGAUUCAAAGUGAAGUGCUCUCUCUCCUACUUCACUUUUCUCUCUCCUUGCUCCUUGGACUCACUUCCUCUUCUUCUACCACUGCCUCUCCCUAAUUUCUUCUUCCUUCUCACACCCAUUUAUUAUCACUAAUCCUUUCUUCCUCCUCCUUCAGCCAUAACCGCUUCUUUCUUUUUCUCUCUCUCUGCUUAUUUUUUUCUGUUCACACCACAUAGAAACAUGGAUGAUGAAUAUGCUAAGCUUAUAAGAAGGAUGAACCCACCGAGGGUUGUGAUUGACAACAAUGCCUGUGAAAACGCAACUGUUAUUCAGGUUGACAGUGUGAACAAACAUGGGAUUCUCUUGGAUGUUGUCCAAGUUAUUUCAGAUAUGAACCUUGUAAUAACAAAGGCCUACAUCUCCUCUGAUGGGGUGUGGUUCAUGGAUGUGUUUAAUGUGAUUGAUCGUAAUGGAAACAAGAUCAGAGAUAAGGAAGUCAUUGAUUAUAUUCAAAGGAGAAUUGAAAACAAUCCGAGCUUUGCACCCUCACUGAGAGAGUCUGUUGGAGUUGUACCUACUGAAGAGCAUACUGUAAUUGAACUCACCGGCACAGACCGACCCGGGUUACUAUCUGAAAUCUGUGCAGUUCUCACGGACCUUCACUGUAAUGUGGCGACUGCUGAGAUAUGGACACACAAUACUAGAGCUGCAGCUGUAGUUCAUGUGACAGAUGAUUCCAGCGGCUGCGCCAUCAAGGAUCCGUCUCGCCUCUCUACGAUAAGGGAUUUGCUUUCUAAUGUUCUUAGGGGAAGCAAUGAUCCAAAGACAGCAAGGACAACACUUUCACCCCCUGGAGUUACAAACAGGGACAGAAGAUUGCAUCAGAUUAUGUUUGCUGAUAGGGACUAUGAGAGGAUUGAAAGAGAAGGACGAGGGGGACUCAGAGAUAGAGACAAACGCCCUCUCCCUCAUGUAACCGUUGUAGAUUGUGUUGAGAAGGAUUACACUGUGGUUACCAUGAGAGCUAAAGAUCGACCAAAGUUGUUGUUUGAUAUUGUUUGCACUUUAACUGACAUGCAGUAUGUAGUUUUUCAUGGUGUUGUCAAGACAUUACGGACAGAAUCUUUUCAGGAGUUUUAUAUUCGGCAUGUGGAUGGCUUUCCCAUUAGUUUAGAGGCUGAACGUGAACGACUGGUGCAGUGUCUUGAAGCAGCAAUUGAAAGGCGAGCAUCUGAGGGAAUGGAGCUAGAGUUGUGCACAAAAGAUCGUGUAGGACUUCUUUCAGAUAUCACAAGAAUAUUUCGAGAGAACAGUUUGUGUAUCAAAAGAGCAGAAAUAUCAACAGAAGAAGGAAUGGCAAGAGAUACUUUUUACGUUACAGAUGUUACUGGUAACCCAGUUGACCCCAAGAUUAUAGAUUCAAUUCGCAGACAGAUUGGUGACAAAGUACUGAACGUAAAGCAUAGUUCUAGUAUUUCACCAAAGGCUCCUCAACCCACAACAAUUGGAUUUCUCUUAGGAAAUUUUUUCAAAGCUCGAUCUUUUCAGAAUUUUAAGCUGAUCAGAUCUUAUUCUUGAGUCCUCCUUUGUAUAUUCUCUGCAUAUAUGUUUCUCCCCAGCGAAGGGGCUUGGAAUUUACACUGUACAGUAGAAAGCUUAACACACAUCUACAUAGCUUAGUUGUGCUACCUAGGUUCAAUAUAAAGCAAGUAGUCCUUUUAGGAUGCCAAAUCCAAAAGAGUAUAUAGUGCUUUUAGGGGUGUGAUUUUUAGUAGAUGCAAUUGGGUCUGUACAUGGUUUAAAGAGUACAUUUUGGUGGUGUAAUUUGGAGUAGAUGUAAACUUUGGUAUGUACAUAAAAUUCAAUGGAAAAAUUGUAAUUAUGUGUAUAA